CAAACUGCCUCUGAUCAGAACACAAGGACAGUCUGACAAUAUGGCCGACGACAGCCAUCCGGCGCAUCUGUCGCCUAGCGAACUAGGCACAAAAGACUAUUGGGAAACCUUCUACGCCCGCACCCUUUCCCACCUCUCCACAAAACACACCAAUACCACUACCACCACAAAACCCACCCCCAACCCCAACACAGAAUCCUCCUCCGAAGAAUCCGAAGAUGAAGAAGAAGAUGACAUAGACGACGACUCCGACCCGGGCACAUCGUGGUUCUCGGAACACAAUGCCCCCGAUAAAGUCCUGCAGUUUCUCACGGACGAGGAGUUUCCGCUUGCGCCGGUGAACACUAACACCAACGAUAAUAGUAAAGAUGGUGAUGGUGAUGAGCAAGCUCCAAGUAUCCUCGACCUCGGCACCGGCAACGGGAGCAUGCUCGCCCUGCUGCGCAAAAGAGGCGGGUAUAAGGGUGUUAUGGUAGGGAUUGACUACUCCAUGAGAAGUGUGCAGUUGGCGAGGGAGUUGCAGAGGUUGAGGAUUCAUUCGGCUUAUUUGAGUGAUUCGGAGGAUGAUGGGGAGGAUGAGGGGGGUAAAGAGGGGGAAGGAGGCGAUACGAAUAUUCGGUUCGAGGAGUGGGAUAUCUUGCAUGGGGAUGUGUAUGAAACUACUUCUUCUACUACUUCUGAAGAAGAAGGAGGAGGUUGUGGGGAUAGGAAGGGAGGGAAGGUGGAUUGGUUCCCGUAUGAUAAAGGCGGGUUUGAUAUUGUGCUUGAUAAGGGGACGUUUGAUGCCGUUUCGUUGUCGGAUGAGGUUAUUCCUGAUGCUGGGGGUGGUGGUGCUGCUGCUGGGGAAGGGCAUGCGUCGGGAAAGACGGUUCAGAGGAGGGUUUGUGAGAGAUAUCCCGGGAUUGUGAGGGGGUUGGUGAGGAAGGGUGGGUUUGUGGUUGUUACGAGUUGUAAUUGGACGGAGGAGGAGUUGGUCGCUUGGUUUACUAGGGCUGAUAGUACUUCUUCUGGUGGUGAUGGGGAUGAGGAUAAGUUUGUGGUUUGGGGGCGGGUUGAGUAUCCGAGGUUUAGGUUUGGGGGGAGGGAAGGUCAGGGUGUUUGUACGGUGUGUUUUCAGAGGGUAUGAUUCUAGUUAGAAGAAUAGAUUUGGU